UCAUUAAUCCUAGUGAAAUAGUUUUCGUAUUUUUUUAAUAUCGUUUUUUUUUAUACUCCAAAACUUAUUUUCAAUGGCGGAUUCCGACAACGAAUCAGGAGGGCACAGGGACGGCCACGACGGCGACAGCUCACAACGGGAGCAAGACCGUUUCCUCCCAAUUGCGAACGUGAGCCGUAUUAUGAAGAAGGUGCUGCCUGCGAACACGAAGGAGACAGUCCAGGAGUGUGUGUCAGAGUUCAUAAGCUUCAUCACCGGAGAGGCGUCGUACAAGUGCCAGAGGGAGAAGCGGAAGACGAUCAACGGCGACGACCUGCUAUGGGCAAUGACGACGCUGGGGUUCGAAGAGUACGUGGAGCCAUUGAAGGUAUACCUGCAAAGGUCCAGGGACAUGGAAGGGGAAAAGAGCGCCAUGGCGGGGCGGCAGGAAAAGGACGGCGGCGGUAAUGGAAGAAGAAGAACUGACGUGAAAGGACCAUGUUGCCCCCAAUUAUAA